AUGACAUGCGCAACUUGUGGAGGUCACCACGUGACUAUACUCUGUGAUCUAUCACGUCCCACAUCAGCCGCAUCAGACAACCCAGACCCAGGAGGACUUCGUGAAGGUACCGCAACAGUCCCAUCAAAGCAACCAGAAGACAUCUUCGUCCACCAGACCGCCAUCACGCGGAACCACCCGCAGAAGCUCACGCGCACCGUUUCCGAGGGCGAGACAGUUCAGUUUGACGUCGUCGUAGACGAGAAAGGGCGCGAGGCCGCCAAUGUGACAGGUCCCGACGGCGAGCCCGCGCAGUGCCUCCCUUAUGCCAUGGGCGGAAGACGCUUCGGAGGUCGUUGGUUUCCGAGACGGAGUCAAUGCCGACCGAUGCCCAACCCGCUCCACGGUGUGCAGGACUCGGACGACUUCCAUGACGUUGUGCUCGUGCCGGACUCGCCGCGGCCGCAACCGCCACCGCAGCGACGGCUGCAGCCUGGGAGACCCUGUUUACGCCGCUACUACCGCCGUUACAGUGGUAUGACCAGGAGCUCGCUACCCGCCGAAGACAUAAGACCCAACUUCCAGCUUGAAGAGGAGGACGAAUACAGGGACACCCGAGUCCAGCGGAAGCCACAUCGACGCUUCUACGGGAGGUACUACCGCAGGCGUGGCGGAAGGUCUAGGAGUGAUCCAGAGGAGUUCGACUUCGAGCAGGAGCUCAGGAACGCGCCGGGUUUGUGGCGAAAGCCGAGACCUCGGUCGACGUCGGCGUCGGCGUUGAGGGCGUCCGCCGGACGUAACCGGGAGACGUUGUUAUUAUAAAGGACGACACGCCACUGCUC